AUGAGUACCGACGAACCCUCAACGAGUACACAUCAUGAAGCAGUCCAACCAGGGGUCAUUCCAACAUCAAGACCUUUACGGAAAUCCAAGACUUCAGAAUUGCUAGGUGAAACACCAUCCCACGAAACAGAAGAAGAGAACGAAAAUAUUUCUCCACAAGUACCAUCUAGACCAACAAGAGGUUCUUCGAUAAAAUCCACUAGAGAGUCCAGAAAUCCCGAAGCAAUGGGAACAAAUGAUGAAUCAGAGGAUUUGAAUAGAGCAAGUGAUGUAGUGGAAGAAAUAGUACCUAAUAUUCCUAGUAGACCUUCACAUGUCCAUCCAAGCAGCAAAAUACAGGAGCCACAUAUACCUACCAGACCUACUCAUGACCACAAUGCUUCUAGACAUGAAGCCGAACCACAUAUUCCCACCAGGCCAAUUAAAAAUGAAGCCCCCGUCGAUCAAGAAAUAGUAAGUGAACCACAUAUUCCAGCAAGACCGAUAAGAAAAGGUAUCUCAAUUGAUCAAACAGAGGUGAAUGAGCCACAUAUUCCGGCAAGACCAUUUAUUAAGAAACUCAACUCUGCCGAUGAACAAAUAGUUACCCUAGAUCCUCAAGCCGAACCCCUAACUACCGAUGACACGAACCAAUCAGAAAACUCAACACCACAUAUAUCAGAAGUACAACAGAAAAUUUCUAAUAGUGUUAAUGUAUCAGAUAGUGAACCGGGAUCUGGAAAGGUUAAUCCAGAGGUUCCACAACCUACAGAGGGAAACAAUGAAAACGAGGAAGAAAGAACAGGUGAAACCAAUAAACCUUUAUCUGAAGAGGAUAUUGAUGAUUCAAUGCAAGCUGAGCCUGUUGCAGAGGCACCCAUAACACCAUACGCAAAUAAUGAGACUGGGCUAGUGGAACCAUUAAUGCCGAAAAGACCUAUCAGAAGAACAACCACAGAAGUUCAUAGUCCCUCCGUUCCUCAAAGACCAAGAAAGGCAGCUACUUCUAUUGACCUAGAGACUGUACAAACCUACCCUUCCUUAUCAUUGAAGAAUCUUACCCCUACGGAUGAUAUGAAAGAGAACAAUCCAGAAAAUGGAGAAUCUGAUUUUGAAGAAAUUAUUGAAGAUGAAAAAAAAGUUCAACCAGUAGAUAUCAUUAGUCCUGGCCCUACAGAUGCUAAUAAAUAUUUAUUAGAGAAGGAAGAACAAACGAUAAAAGAUAUUAAUACUGAGAAGCCUGAACCCCUAUCUGAAAAUGUUUCAGAUGAAAUUAUGAAAGAGAUUACUGAGCCAGUAUUAGAGAAGUCCAAUGAACUUACCAAAGACGAGAAUGAAGGACAGUCGCGGGAUUCUACCCCAAACUCUACGGCAAAAGAGGAACAACCUUCAAUUCCAUCAAGACCUGCCAAAAAGGGGCCUCCUCCAGUACCCAAAAAACCAUCUUCAAAGAUUGCUGCGUUCCAUCAAAUGUUGCAAAGACAGCAGUUAAAAAAUUUAGGUUUAGAUGAUGCAGAAUCUGAGGCGGAUGUCCAAGCUGAAAGCCCUUUGACACCUACUACAGAAGAUUCCACCCCUUCCCAAACGAAAUCCCUACCAACUAGACCUUCCCAAAUGGUUGGUGGAGUGAAUGGAAUGUUUGCAUUACCUGGAAUGGUUUCGGGUGGUGCGUUACCACCUGGGUUAAGCAAGAAGCUAGGUAUUUCACAAGACAACGAGAAUUCCAGCAGUGACAAUAGUAGUUCAAAGGGUGGGUUGAGUGACGUUCGCCAAAAGAGAGCCAGAGGACCUCGUGGCCGUAAACUGCCAACUAAAAUAAGUGGUAUCAAAAAAGUUGUUGAUUCUACUGAAAAUAACGAUAUUGAAAUGUUUAAUAACUGGACUAUUACUCUUACUCCAAUAGAGAAACAAGAAAAUAUUGAUGCUGAAGAGACUGCUACGUUUGAUAAUGUUGAAGAAAAAGAGACAUCAACACAACCAAUAGACAUCCAAGCUCCAAAAGACAAUGAACCAGUUACCCCUCAGGAAGGGGAACACAAACCGGAUGGUAUACCAGGGGAUGAAGAAAGAUUACCUUCCCAAACACCAAUAUCUAUCGGUGAAAUAAUUGAGUUAAGAGACGAUGACGAGAGACCUAUCUAUUUGGAACAACAAGUUGAGAAAAUGGCAGAAUCACUAAUGGAACAAGAGAUGUUGAAAGGUGACAUUGAUGAGAUGGAGAUUGAAGAGAAUGAUCAAGCAGUUAACUUUGUUGAUGAUUCAACUCCUGAAGAUGAAACGGAUAAUUAA